AUGGGCGUGAAGGAGUUGUUUCCGGUGCAGUGCGAGGUGAUUCCGCACAUUUUGCGCGGCGUCCAUUUUGGGGGUGACGUGUGUGUGUGUGCACCUACUGGGUCUGGAAAGACGUUGGUGUACGCCAUUCCGAUCGUGCAGACGUUGUCGAGUAGGUUGGUACAGCGGUUGAGAGCGCUGGUGUUGGUGCCCACGCGCGAGCUGGCCCUGCAGGUAGCCGACGUGCUCGUGUCUGUGGCCAGAGGUACGCCAUUGUGUAUAGAAACUUUGUAUGGACGAACUGCAUACAAGUUGGACUGGUCGGGUGAGGACGGGGGUGAGGACGAGGGUGGGGGCGAGGACAGAUGGUUGCGUGCAGACGUACUGGUGGGCACGCCUGACGAGUUGGUGGAGUGUUUGGAGGAGGUGUCUGAAUUUUCGUUGUGUUACUUGCAGUUUUUGGUUUUGGAUGAGAUAGACAGGUUGUUGGCGGAUUCUUACCAGAGUUGGGUUACCGGAAUGCAGAGCGCCAUCAAUCGGUCUGAUUCUGUGGACGGCGUGUCAAGUGUCGAUAGCGGGGCCGUCGACAUGUUGGAGGUGGGGAGAGGUCUUCGUCCCAAAAAGUUGACCAUGAAGUUGAUAGAUGAUCGGGCGUCUCCUUGGCUGCAAACUUUGAUUUUCUCCGCGACGGUGACGCGGAAUCCGGAAAAAUUGGCGGAGUUGAGGCUUUGGCGUCCGUCGUUUUUCGUGGCGACGCGUCCCGAGACGGGUACGAUUUUUUGCAUUCCGCAGACGAUCAGUCAAUAUGUGUUUGUAACUGAGCCUCAAGAGAAGCCCCUGGUGCUCUUGCACAUUUUGAAUCAGUGCGGGAAGGAUGGGCAAGCGUUGUGUUUCGCGGGCUCGGCCGACACGGCGCACCGUCUGUGCUUGCUGCUGCGAUUUAUGAAGGAAUUAGAGUGCUUGAAUUGCGCAUCUGUGUUUGAGUACAAUUCGAACGUUCCUCAGAAAGAGCGAAAUCGCAUCUUGCUGAGGUUUCAGCAAGGCAAAGGCGGUGUCCUGGUAGCGUCGGACUUGGCGUCCAGAGGCCUGGAAUUUGGAGUGGUUCACGUCGUGGUCAACUACGAUGCGCCGGAGCACAUAAAGGGCUACGUCCAUCGUGUCGGGAGAGCCGGACGAGCCGGAAACUCCGCCGAGGCGUACACGCUCGUUCGUCCAGAAGAACAGGCUUACUUUCGCCAAUUCUUGCGCAAGGCGGAAAACUCGGAUGUGAGGACUCUCCCGAGGCCUGUAGAGAGCAUUCGCGCGUGCAGGAGGGCCUACAAGGUCGCCUUGAGGCAGCUCAAAGCGGAGAUCAAGCGCGAGAAAAGAGCCAAAAAAGGAGCUCUAGACGAAGGAGUUCAGCAGUCAGAGGCGUUCAGGCGUCAGCUGGAGACGGUUUGGCACGUCGAGGAAGAGAGCGCUGAGGCCAGAAAGAGCAAGAAGAAGAAGAGGAGGAGGAGAAAAAGCUACUUGGACGAGUUAUCGAGCGACUCAGAUUUUUCGAGCAGUGAAUAA